UGUGGGUCAGUAGUAGGAACUCUCGGUUGGCGGCGUCAACGUUUCCCUAGCUCUUCUUCACAAAAAAUAAAAACUGCUAAACAAACAACAAGAAAACAAACAAAUACAAAUUAUUGCUUCAAUCUUUGUUCGCAUUUUUGCUGUCGCUGCCGCAGAUGCGUUUGCAUUUAAUUUCCGCCUGGCGAAUUUGGCCGAAAAACUUAAUGUCGCAGUGCAAAUGAGAAUGCUGGCUGAGCAGCAGCUUGAGGUUCGCGGUAGAUUGUCAAGCCAAGCCGGACAGCCGGAAAAUUAUUCAAGGGCUGGUGGCAGGCCACACGGCGUAUGCGUAACGAGAGAACGAAAUAGAAAGUGAUGCGUAAUUUGCGGGCCCAACACACAAAAAUCCAAAUGAAAAGAACGAAAUCGAAAUCGAAAUCAGUGCAAGGAGCAACAACAAAAUAUAACCCACAAUCACUUAGCAGCUCUAUAAUAAUUAAGAAUCACAAAAAAGAAACAAAAUGAAAAAUAUUUGUAAUUAGCUUAAAAGCAAUGUAGGGAGAAAACCAAUGCAAGUGCAGAACGAGAGUACAAAAUACAGCAACGGCAGCCAAAUGAAGGAGAAUAAUUCAAAUCAAGUAAAACUUCAAUCACAAGCAACUAGCAGAAUAAGCAGCAACCACUGAACCCCCUUUAUAUAUAUAUAUAUAUAGACCAACAUAUAUAUAGCGUUAGCAGAGCAACUAUCUAGCUAGUAGUCGCCAUGCAUGGACAUCACAACCACAACCAUCUGCAACAGCAGCAACCGCAAAAUCCGCAGGAGCAGCAGCCAGGAGCCAUCAUGAAGGCAGCCAACCAGCCCCACCAUCCCGCCCACAGCCAUCCUCUCAACCACCCACAUCCGCACCAGCAUCAGCAUCAGCAUCCCCAUGCCCAUGCCCAGCCAAAUCCGCAUUCGCAUUCGCAUCCCCACCCGCAUCCGCAUCCGCACCACAAGCUGUCGGCGAGAAGGGCGCGCAGUCGCAGUCGAAGUCGCAGUCCGACGCCGGAUGGCAACCAGGACUACGAUGUGACCAGGAUGCGGGAGGAGGACUUUCAGCGGCUGGCCGUCUAUCUGGUACCGGAUGUCCAGGCGGAGCGGGGACUUCCGAAUCGGGCGGACAAGACACUGCCGCGCAGCCUGACACUAAAGUCAUCCAUGGUCUACUCAACGCCAAAUGUUAAGACUGAAGGAGUUUGGAGCAGCGGGGUCAUCCCACGUGGCACUCGCUUUGGCCCAUUCGAAGGCAUUCCAACCUCAAACUAUCCCAAUGAUAAGAAUAAGGCGCGCUAUUUCUGGCGGGUGCAGGGAACACGCCACAUAACCUACGGGAAUAUUAAGAUCUUCAAGGACGAUGACUACUAUUAUCUGGAUGGCUCCGAUCGUUCGCAAUCCAAUUGGAUGCGCUACGUGGCCUCCGCCUACAGUUUGUCCGUGAUGAAUCUGGUGGCGUGCCAGCACCAGGAGAACAUCUACUUCUACACCACCCGCGACAUUCUGCCCAACGAGGAGCUGAUGGUGUGGUACUGCAAGGACUUCGCCAGUCGCCUCGGCUACGAUGUGGAUCCCGAGACGACGAUCUUCGGGGCCUGCAAGCAGGCGGUGGAGGCGGAGGAGGAGGUGGACGAGGUGGAGGAGGAGGAGGCGGCGGCGGAGAGGGAGGGUGAGGGUGAGGGGGAUGAGGGCAAGCCGCGGUACUCGAUGCCUGCCCCGGAAAUUCCCGCCGAUGUGGCCGUGAGUCACAUCACCUACGUGAUGGGUCUCCAUUUGCCCGUGGGUGCGGCAAAUGGCCAGGCGAAUGGUGCCGGUUCCGUUUCCCUUUCUAGUGCCACGCCCCCGCCCCCGCCUGCCACACAAUGCUGCCGCCGUUCCAGCCCACCCGCCCACGUCAGCACCACCACCUCCUCCUGCCACUCCCACCACCCGCACAUCCAUCACGGCCGCCACGCCUCCGUGAUCAUUGGCCAAGAUCGAUCGCCCCUGGCCAGCAGCGACAAGGAUACGGCGGGCUCACCGCUGUCCGGCCUGGACCACCAGAUGACCCCUCAGGACGGCAGCGUGCGGUCGGUGAGAUCGGAUGAGGGCUACCACAGCAACGAGUGCCACGAGGAUGGACUCACACCACCCGAGGACUCCAGCGACAGCGAGAGCGAGCACAACUAUGUGCUGGACUGCUCGAAGAAGGCCAUCGCGCCCAAGGAGACAGUGAUUGCCCAGGCCCAGAAGCCGGGCAGUGCGCCACCAGUGGCCGUGGUCAUGGCCAACACCACCACCAACCCCAUGAACAGCCACGGCUCGCCCACGGCCACGCCCAUUUGUGAGGCGGACAAGAACGAGUACAGGAAGUUCAAGGUCAAGAUGCCGCUGAAGUACGAGUUCAAGAACAAGAGCUGCGUGAAACAGGAGCCGAUCUUGAAGGAGGUGGACCAGGAGAUGUCGCUGCCGCCGGAGGAGGAGGAUGAGGAGCAGGCGAUGCACCCGGAACCCGAUUCCAUCUGCCCCUCGACCACCACCCACCUGGGCGAUGAGCAUAUGCUGAUGAUGGAGAGGGAGCGUGAGCGUGAGCGGGAGAGGGAGCGAGAGAGGGAGAGGGAAAGGGAAAGGAUCCAAGAACGAGAACAAUCGAAUCAGCAACCCGCCUCCUCGACGGUCAUCGUACUGGAACACAAUUCCGGCGGUCAGACCCGCACCAUUGUCCCACUGAGUAAGCCCUACUACGAGCCCGAUCCGCCGGGAGAACGGUACAUGCGGUUUGGCCAGCCCUCGUCGAGCAUCCUGGAGACCAUCCUCACCAGCCAGCACCGCCUGGAGGCGGCAGCAGCGGCAGCGAAUGCCUGUCGUCAGGCCAAUGCGGCCACACCGCCGCCCACCUCGCCCACGGAGAUGGCCUACAGCUACAAGAAGUCCCAGCGGUACGGCAAUGCCGUCAGUCCCGACAGCAGCUCCAAUCUCGGCCAGAACCCCGAGCAGCUGUCCGCGUCGGCCGUUGGGGUGGUCGGCGAUCAGGAGAUGUCCCGGGCCACGCUGAUCAAGGGAGAAUGCUCACCGCCGCCGCCCAGCCACCAUCACCACAACGUGAUCUUCUCGCCCUCAAGGCAUGCCGCCUAUCUGGGCGCUGGCGAGGCGGGUGGCCACUCGCCCAGUCCCGGCUAUCCGGGGUAUCCCCACUACGGUGCAGCGGCCACCUCCACCUUCCACUCGCCCCCACACAGCUCCCAUUCCCCCUUCGACCGCCAGUCGAAUGCCUCCAGUGGAGCGGGCUCGGCCUCCAAUCUGCAUUUGCUGCAGACCAGCACCCAGAUGCUGAACCAUCCGCUGAUGCAGCCCCUCACACCGCUGCAGCGUCUAUCGCCGCUGAGGAUCUCACCGCCCAGCAGCCUGAGUCCCGACGGCAACUCGUGUCCCCGCAGCGGCAGUCCCCUCAGUCCCAACUCUCUGGCCUCGCGCGGCUACCGAUCGCUGCCCUAUCCGCUCAAGAAGAAGGACGGCAAGAUGCACUACGAGUGCAACGUGUGCUGCAAGACCUUCGGGCAGCUGAGCAACCUCAAGGUCCACCUGCGCACCCAUUCCGGCGAACGGCCCUUCAAGUGCAACGUGUGCACGAAGAGCUUCACCCAGCUGGCGCACCUGCAGAAGCACCACCUGGUGCACACGGGCGAGAAACCGCACCAGUGCGACAUCUGCAAGAAGAGAUUCUCGAGCACCUCCAACCUGAAGACCCAUCUGCGGCUGCACAGUGGCCAAAAGCCCUACGCCUGCGAUCUCUGUCCGCAGAAGUUCACCCAGUUUGUGCACCUGAAGCUGCACAAGCGCUUGCACACCAACGACCGGCCCUAUGUGUGCCAGGGCUGCGACAAGAAGUACAUUAGUGCCUCGGGACUGAGGACUCACUGGAAGACCACCAGCUGCAAGCCCAACAAUUUGGAGGAGGAGCUGGCGAUGGCAGCAGCGGCCACAUCGGAGUGUUUGGAUAAGGACCAUCCCGAACCGGACUCCCGGGAAGCCUACGAGCAACUGACUCAGCACAUGCAUCCCGCUGUGCAUCCGGGCUUGAGGCACUUACCCAAUGGAGGUCAGUCGCCGCCCCGUUUGAUACCCCUGGGUAGCCACAUGGCGCCGCAACAGCAGCAGCACCAGCAGCAGUCGCAUCAGCAACAUCAGCAGCAGCAGCAGCAUCAGCAGCAGGGAGUGCCACCGCCCCACUUGCUGAUGGCCCAACACUCGGUGGGUCCGACACCCAUGCUGCUGACCACCGCCAGCCAGUUGCCACCACCGCCGCCGCAUCACCAGCAGUCGUCGCCCAGCCGCCUGCUGCAACAUGGCCACCCACAUGCCUUGCAGAUGCAACAGCAGCAGCAGCAGCAACAGCAGCAGCAACACUCGCCCAAGGGACUGAAAUCCCUGCCAGAAACGGGCGUGUAUCUGCAUGGCCAGCAUGUGCAGGCGCAGGAGAGCAGGCCUUCGGUCAUCGAGUCCUCCAACCAGCCCAUGAUCAUCGAGUGCACGUAGGGCAUCGGUAUAUACCAUAGUGUAGAGUAAAAGGAGGAGCAGCUGCAGACCAGAGGAAGUGAUGGAAUCCAAGUGCAAUAAAAUCAAAUAGAGUUAAGAACAGACAGGCAGACAGACAGACAGACGACGUCCCCAAGAAAACGUUAACGAAAACGGGAACGGAAAAAAGAAAACACAGCACAAGUAAACGUAAUGGUAUUAUUAUAUAGUUGUAUAUAGUUAAAGAUCCCACGUAAAUUUUUAAUCCCCCUAUCCCACCCCCCGCCCCCUGAAAUUGAAAUCUCAUUUUCGCGCUAUGAAAACUAGAUCUCACCAAUUGGCAAACCCCUGAAUUCUUCUUCUCAUCAUUAUCAGCAUGGCAGGAGAGCACUAAAGGCAUAUUAUUUUUGAUAAAUAUUUUAUAUAUAUACACACCGUACAUAUAAAGGACGUGAAAAUUGGUUAACACAGAAAGCGAUUGUUAAUGGGGUAAUAAAUGGAGCCGGCAGCAGGAGAGAAUUUUUGUGGAAAACUGAGAACGAACGAGAGGAAAUGCAUUUAGAUUUGACUUUCGAUGAUUUUCCAGUUCUGAUUUGUUCUCUCACCCUCUCUGUUUGUUUGUUUGUUUGUUUGCUUGUUUGUUUGUUGAGGCGCGCACCUGUAGCAGUAGAUUACACAGUUAGAAGUUAAACAAAACAAAAAAAAUCAUAAUUAAGGAUACAUUACUCAUACAAUACAUAGAUUCAAGUUGCCUUAUUUGAAUUUCGUUAGCACUGAAACCCGCGGAAAAGAACAGUAACCGAAAACAUUUGCUUAGAGUCGAUCAUCUCUGUACGAUAUGAACAGAUCUGAAAAGCUAAUAUACGUAUUUUAUAUAUGAAUAUAUCAAUAUUAUACAUAUAUAUUUAUAUAUUUAUAUGUAUUUUAUUAAAUAUACACAACCGGAACAGCAGCAACAAACAAAUGAUAGCAAAACUGUACAUAGAAGGAAAUCUUAUUUCGGCAUCUGUUGAACUAGUAUCGCCUAGCUAUUUAAAAUUACAUAGACCUCUAGGGAUUACCAUUACCAUUAUCAUUAUUAUGAUUACUAUGAUUAUUACGAAAAACAAAAACAUAUAAAAACUAAGCAAGAAACGAAAAACAAAAUCGUAAAGAAAACUUAGCUGAAAAAUCGGUGCUUUUGACUGUUUCCAUUUGUCCACAUUUACAUUUACGAUUGUAUUUGUAUUUUGAAACACAUGAAUUAUAUUGUAAACCACACUAAACAUAUAUAAAAUAUAUACACGUUAGUAUAACAGUCUAGGAUAUUUCCCCCAAACUACUUUUGCGCCUUAAUCAUUCAACCUUCCUCCAACUUUAAUUCCAACUCCCUUAACCACAAACAAAAAAGUGAAUCCAAAAAUUUUGCUCGUAUUGUACUUUACCAAAAUUACGCUCUCAAUUAGUCUUCGUUUUCGUCUGAAUAUUAUAUAUGAAAUCUUUAGCUAAACUUAAGCUUAUAAUCUUAAUGAGGCUGACUAGCUUUAAGUAUCUACAUAUAUAAAUCUAUUAAGCGCAUAUUGAUAAAACUAGCCAUUAAGGUCUGUAAAUUAAAGGCUGAGUCCUGUGCUCGGCUUCGAUCUGUAAGACACAACACCAAUUCGUAAUGCUUAAGUAUUUGUCUUGUAAAGUACGAGAUGGUGGGGGGUGGGGAGUUCGGGAAAAUUCGCAAGAAUACCGAUCAUUGAGACUAAGACUAUGCAAAAGUUUUUGUAUUUUUUGUAUUUGAUACAAAGCAAGCAGGAGUUAGGAAAAGAGUGACGAUGCGAUGUUUUAGCCAUGUAAGGUCUAGGCUAAGAUAGACUUAAGAUUUCUAAGCAUAUGCAAUAUUUAUAUAUAUACGCAUAAUAUUUCUAAAGAAAAGCAAAACCGCAGAAAAGAUGAGACAAGCCUACUUACAUGGAAAAUAUAAAAGAAGAUAAUCAAAAUUAUACAAAAACACAAAAUUGAUUUUUUAUUUCCCGUUUGGUUUUAAAUCUCACAUUUGUUGGUUGUGCAAUCAUUCAUUUUGUGCAAUAUUUCGUUGAGCUUUCAAGGAUUCAAUCCUUGAACUUAUCUUUUUAUUUAUUUUCGCCAUAGUUUCAUCGACUUACAACUUUUGAGACAGUUACAGAAAUCUACUUAAAUAAGCAACAUACAUAAUACUUUCCUAUUUGUGAGACUGAAUGAAUUACUAUAUAUACAAUACUCGUAACUCAUAGAAAAGACAGCCGAGGUCAAAUAGCAGAACCUUCUUAUAGAGAGUCUGCUGAGGACUUGGCGAAACCCCAAACAUUUCGAUAUAUAUUUUACCGAACCUUUUGUUUGAGCAAGCAUUGUAAUAUAUUACGAUAUGGAGUACGGAUAUGGAUGCAUCUAGGUAUAUAGAUAUAUAUUUAUACAAAGCACACAUACAUAAAUACGUAGUCGUAGAGAGCUAUAGCUAUAGCUAUUUAUACAUACGAACAACCUAUGGCCUAUGGUUAAAGCGCCCAACUUUGUACAGUAAUUGAAAUCUGUUUCAGGAUUCAAGGAACGUGACGACACAACGUAAAUUUAAAUGGAGAAUAAAUGACUGCUUCUUAGUGUUAUAAGUGACUCUGAUUUAGGUCGAACACACUCACACUCACACUCACUCACAAACACACAUACACAAAUGAUUCAAGGAUCAAUUCUAGAAAUCAAAUCCAAAUAUAUAUUCCAUUAUAUAUUCAAUAAGUCUAUCGUAUACCUUUAUUGCAAUCAAUAUUUCAAAUGUAUGAAUCUAUAUAAUUACAAUUAUCUAUAAUUCAGCCCUAUAUAGAUCAUGUAGAGCCUUUGUUAUACGUAUGUCCUACGAAAUUGUUUCCCCACUCUCUCUCUCAUAUACACAAAAUGUACAAAAUUGGUUCUCAUAAAUAAUUAAAAAUUAGAAAAUGAAACAACAAAAACGAUACGAACUUCAUUUGCAAUCAAAGCUACGCCCAAUUAAAAUUGCAAUUAAAAGGUAAUCAUUUAACAUUCGAGGUGGAGAUUGUGUUUCUGUUUAAGCCCACUUGAAAAAAAUGUUGUUUUGUACAAGCCUCAAGAUAUAUACACGCUUAUAUAUCACUCACCUCUUAUACCACAAUAAACGAAAUAAUUGACUAUAUGCAUAUUUAUACGCCAAUUACAUGCGAAACAUCUAAAAAAAAGGCAUUAAAAACCAAAAUCGAGCAGAAAACAAGAAUUAUAUAAUUAUUUGAAUGCAACUUAAAUUCCUA